AUGCCCGUCGACCCGGCGCACCUCGCCAUGCUCCAGCAGCAGGGCUGGCAGCAGCAGCAGCAGCAGCAGCAGCAGCAACAGCAGCAACAGCAGCAGCAGCUCGCGGCGCUCGCGGGCGCUGGCCAGCUCCCGCACGCGCUCGCGCUCCGCCAGCAGCAGGCGCACGCGGCCGCGCAGGCCCAGACACACGGCACUGGUAGCGGCACUGGCGGCACGGGCAAGAAGAAGAACAAGCGCGGACCCGCAGGCCAGUUGCUCCCCCGACACAUGGCCGCCGCGCAGCCCCCGCACGGCAGCGAAGCGUACGCCAAGAACGCGAUGGCGCCGCCGGGCGUCACGGUGGACAACAUCGAGCCGUGGGCCGACCUCCUCGACGAGCUCGACCCCCGCGAGCUGGCGAUGGGCCGGUUUAGGACACGGCAUGAGAUUAUGGCCGAGAUCUUUGGCCCGGAGCCUGUUAACUCAAUACCACACAGCUCCUCUGACCCAUGGGAGGGCCUUGGCGUGAACGGCGAGACACUAGAAGCGAAGGUGCUCUCGCUCGAGAAGAGCAACGCCGAGCUCGAGGCCAACUUUGAGGCCGACCUCGAGGCGUGGCGCAAGCGUCUGGAGGAGGCGAGCGGGCCCGUCGUCGCGGCGUAAAACGGCCUGAGCGGUCGGUGCUGUAGUCUGCUGUAUGUCACGAGUGUAGCGAUG